AUGAUGACGAGGAUGUCCACUCUGGUGUCGCAGGUGGUUGCAGAAGUGGAAGCAGUGCAAAACCAGAACCUUAUGAUGCGUGACAAGCUCCAGGCAAGCCAGAUUCCAGUGCCAGAGCUCGACGACAAGAACGGGCUUAGUCUCCCGGGCACUGCCGAGCUUGGUGGCACGUUUGGCGACGGUUUUACCGGCUCGAAGCAGCGUGGACGACGAGCCAGCUUGCAGAUGCGACCGACGAGGGCUCAGCAGCGUCGUAAGUCAUCCACCUCUCAGCUGGGUGACCUGGAGAAUGCUCUCCAAGUCUCUCCAACUGCAGGAAUGGUUCGACCUGGAACCCCCGGUUCGAACAACCACUACGUUGACGUGGCGGAGCAGACCCUGGAGUUGCGACAGAAGAAGGAGCAGCAAAAGAAGGAUCUGCAGGGCUUGAAGAAUUGGAACUCCAAAAGGGUAUCCCGCUUGAGGUCUGUCACCGACAUAUCUGGAUCAACUGCUGCAACCAAAAUCCCGCUUCAAGAUCUCCCAUUGGACCAGCAGGUGGAGCAAGAGGGCAAAGUCUUCGGCAGUCCCGAGGCCCUCAAGGAUGAAGUCCGCAAAGCUUUGCAGAAAGAAGACUACAGCGUUGCUCGACACUACAAGAACAAAGGCUGGGCCCAAAAGAUUGCCAGAAGUCAAGCUUUCGAGAUUGCAACUCUCGUCCUCAUCGGGGUGAACUGCCUUUGGAUGUCUGUCGAUGCAGAUCUGAACCGUGCCACAUUAUUGCCAGAAGCGGAGCCCAUCUUCCAGGUUGCUGAGAAUCUCUUUUGCGUCCUCUUCACGAUGGAGCUGCUCCUUCGGUUCCUGGCCCUGAAGUACAAAAGGAAGUGCAUUCGAGACCCAUGGUUCGUUUUCGAUGCAUUCCUCGUUGCAUUGAUGAUCGUGGAGACAUGGGGUGUGUAUGUUGUUUAUUUUAUCAAUGGCACUAGUGUUGGCAUUUUCCAGAAUGCGACCAUUCUUCGAAUUCUACGUAUCUUGAGGUUGUUGCGAACGGCCCGCAUGGCGAAGCUUCUGCGCACGAUGCCUGAGCUUAUGCUUCUUAUUAAAGGCAUUGUGGUUGCAACCAGAUCCGUCUUCUUCACGCUGGCUCUGCUGGCGAUCAUCAUUUACGUCUUCGCCAUCAUCUUUAUGCAGCUUGCAAGAGAUGCCCCGCAACUAGGACUCCGAAGAGACUUUGUCCCGACCGAUGGUAACGCAACUGUUGGCGAGCUCGAGUACUUGUACUUUGACAGGUUCGGAUCCUCCAUGCACACACUGCUCUUUGAGGCAGUCCUGCCCGAUCUCAAGGAUUUCAUCAAUGAGAUCAUGAGGGGAGGCUGGAUCUUUGCCUCGGUAAUGAUGAUCUUCAUCCUCCUUGGCUCGGUAACUAUGAUGAACAUGCUUGUGGGCGUCUUGGUGGAAGUCAUCAAGACCGUCUCCGAGAUUGAGCGAGAACAGCUUGAAGUCAGUUUUGUCAAGAAGAUCUUUUCCGACAUGAUCACCAAGAUGAACUUAGAUGCAGACGGUGACAAUCGAAUCUCGAAAGAGGAGUUCGACACACUCUUAUCAAAGCCGGAGGCAGCCAAGGCCUUGCUAAACAUUGGCGUUGACGUGGUGGGCCUCGUGGAUUAUCGAGACGUCUUGUUCGGCACAGAGGGUGACAUGGAGCUCUCCUUCGCUGAGUUCAUGGAAGCCAUCCUGGAACUACGAGGUACAAAUAGUGCGAAGGUGAAGGACAUCGUCGACCUCCGAAAAUUUGUGGCCCAGGAAACUGGUGCGAUCUAUGAGUUGGUAGCAGUCGUAACUCAGCAGGCAGAUGGCAGCACACGGUCAUCUUCGCGAACUACCUCAGUGGCAGAGGCCAAAAUUCAGGAUGAAUGCUAG